AUGUGCAAUCUGUUUUCUCCAGCGGAGGGCACUCAGUGUAUCACAAACUCAAGCAUUAGCACCAACAAGCUCUGAGCAUCAUCAGUCUCUGGAAAGCCUUCUGAAUUAGACAAGGGCUGCCUCUCAGCACAGCUACAAAACACUUUAAACCUGACCAGCUAAAUGGAUAAACCUAGCCUGCAUAGCUUUUAAACUGGGGUCUCAUACAGCACAGGAGGCCUGCUUGCUUCAAGAACUGAAAAUCCAGAGGAUGAAUGGCUUUAUCUGGGAAUGGCAAAAGCCAGCACAAUAAGGAAUGCCAGGUUUCCAUUUAAUUACGCAGCUGAAAGGCAUGAGUGUGGUUCUGGUGCUACUUCCUACACUGCUGCUUGUUGUGCUCACGGGGGCUCAGAGAGCUUGCCCGAAGAACUGCAGAUGUGAUGGCAAAAUUGUGUACUGUGAGUCUCAUGCUUUCGCAGAUAUCCCUGAGAACAUUUCUGGAGGGUCACAAGGCUUAUCAUUAAGGUUCAACAGCAUACAGAAGCUCAAAUCCAAUCAGUUUGCCGGCCUUAACCAGCUUAUAUGGCUUUAUCUCGACCAUAAUUACAUUAGCUCAGUGGAUGAAGAUGCAUUUCAAGGGAUCCGUCGACUCAAAGAAUUAAUUUUAAGCUCCAACAAAAUUACCUAUCUGCACAAUAAAACAUUUCACCCAGUUCCCAAUCUCCGCAAUCUGGACCUCUCCUACAAUAAACUUCAGACGUUGCAAUCUGAACAAUUUAAAGGCCUUCGGAAACUCAUCAUUUUGCACUUGAGGUCUAACUCACUCAAGACUGUGCCGAUAAGAGUUUUUCAAGACUGUCGGAAUCUUGACUUUCUGGAUUUGGGGUACAAUCGUCUUAGAAGCCUAUCCCGAAAUGCUUUUGCUGGCCUUUUGAAAUUAAAGGAGCUCCACUUGGAGCACAACCAAUUUUCCAAGAUCAACUUUGCUCAUUUUCCACGUCUCUUCAACCUCCGUUCCAUUUACUUACAGUGGAACAGGAUUCGCUCAAUUAGCCAAGGCUUGACAUGGACUUGGAGUUCCUUACACAACUUGGAUUUAUCAGGGAAUGACAUCCAAGGAAUUGAGCCGGGCACAUUUAAAUGCCUCCCCAAUUUGCAGAAAUUGAAUUUGGAUUCCAACAAGCUUACCAACAUCUCACAGGAAACUGUGAAUGCGUGGAUAUCAUUAAUAUCCAUUACUUUGUCUGGAAAUAUGUGGGAAUGCAGUCGGAGCAUCUGUCCUCUAUAUUAUUGGCUUAAGAAUUUCAAAGGUAAUAAGGAAAGCACUAUGAUAUGUGCAGGACCUAAGCACAUCCAGGGCGAAAAGGUUAGCGAUGCUGUGGAAACAUACAACAUCUGUUCUGAAGUCCAGGUGGUCAAUACAGAGAGGUCACACCUAAUGCCCCAAACUCCCCACAAGCCUCUGGUUAUCCCGAAACCUACCAUCUUCAAACCAGAUGCCAGCCAACCCACCCUGGAAACACCAAGCCCUUCCCCAGGGUUCCAGAUUCCUGGCACAGAGCAAGAGUAUGAGCAUGUUUCAUUUCACAAAAUUAUCGCAGGGAGUGUGGCUCUGUUUCUCUCAGUGGCCAUGAUCCUCUUGGUAAUCUAUGUGUCUUGGAAACGCUAUCCAGCCAGCAUGAAACAACUCCAACAACACUCUCUCAUGAAGAGGCGGCGGAAAAAGGCCAGAGAGUCUGAAAGACAAAUGAAUUCCCCUUUACAGGAGUAUUAUGUGGACUACAAGCCUACAAACUCUGAGACCAUGGAUAUAUCCGUCAAUGGAUCUGGGCCCUGCACAUAUACCAUCUCUGGCUCCAGGGAAUGUGAGGCAGUUUACUGACUGGUGAUGGACAAGAAGAAAAACAGGAUUGUGUGAAGAAGUAUGAGGACCAUCCUGGCUCUAAAUAAUCCUUGUUGCCCUUUUCCACUGAGCCUGUGCAAAUUUCUACAAGGACAGAGUGGUAGACCCCAAUGAUUCCUGUGUAAGGGAAGACUUUUCAAAGGUUUUGACUCAUUACCUUUUGGCCAAUGAAAUUAAUUAUCUUAGAAGAUUUGGUUCAUUUUAUGUGUUUGUUUUCUGGUGCUGGGAAUUGAAUCCAGAGCCUUGUGCUCUACCAUUGAUCUCCAUUCCCAGCCUAGUUGGUUUUGUUUUGAUAAUGUCUUCUCUCUGUCAUUUGCUUGAACAGUAUACUAGGAAUGCCAUAGUGUAUACUUCAGAGCUUACAAAUUGCCAUUUUCACAGUACUGAAAGAAACAGCAAAAAACUAAACUUUAUAAUAGGACAUAGUAAAUACUUUGGUGAAACAUUGUAUGAGACAUUAUAGAAACAGAGUAUAUGAAGCAUUUAAGCCUGACUUUCCAAAGAAAGUGUCAAUUGAGCUGCUAGGUUUAAUGAAUUGAUGAUGAGGGGAAUAGGAGACAAAGUGCUCUCAAUUUCUUUCAGAUUGCUGUCAAAAAGGAGGAAAUUUGAGUGUUUUUUUUUUAAUUUAAAUGCUCAAGGGUUAAAAACUGACUAAUGUUAAUUAAUACAUGCAUAAUGGCAAAAACUACCAAUACCUUCUUUCCUAAAGUAAGCAGACAGAUAAAAAGAGCCAUAGGAGAAAGGAAUAGCAGUUCAGUCAGCCAUUUGAAGCAAUUGAUUGAAAAAUCAUUAUGUAAAAUUCUCAAUAUAAUUUAACACUCCCAACUUGAGUCACCCAAAUCAGUCAGAGCAGGGCAAGUUUAGUGUAAAGUCUCUGAUGUUUCUAAAUCCUCAGAAAAAAAUCACAUUAUCAGUGAAGAAGUUGCUUACAUUUUCAAUAAGAGCAUUGUACAUGCAAGUUUUUUUAAGAUACUUGUUAUUUCAGAAAUAUCAUAAAAAUAGUCCCCAUUAGAAAAAAGUUGAUAUCCUUUAUGUUUAUUCUACAGUACUGUAGUAUACUUGUGUUUCACUCCAUAAUGGUAAUUGGUGACAUUUAAUCCAUAUGACUUCUGAAGUUCUUAAACAUUGCCAGGAAAGGAAGCUGUGUUCAUCCAGUUACAAAUAUGAGAAGAUACUGAACCAACACUCAAGUAAACAGAGCCAGGGAAAUCCAAAUACUGGCACUGCCUGACAAUGCUGAAUCUGAAUACAUUUCUCUACACUUGAGGAUAUAAACAAUAAUCAAAAAAUUAAAUACCUGUAGCAGUGCAUAUCUCUGGGUGAUUUUCAAUCUGUUUAUGAUAUGGGCUCAACACAAAAACCACUUGAGAUAACUUUUUUGUUGUUGUUGUUAUCUGGGCCAAAUGGACAUGCAAAAGAUACUAUCAUCAUCUUCAGAUUAGCAGCUAUAAAGCCUUCUCUUUUACUGAUAACAGAAAGCUAACAGUACUUAAGUAAUUUAACUAGAAUUAUAGAUAGCAAGGGUGCAGAUUCAGCUUUAUUUUAGUCCAGAAGUCAUACUACUUCCACUACACACAAAUAAAUGUGAUAAAUAAUAUAUAUAUUUUUAAAAAGACAAAAUAAAACUGGAUUUCAGUUUUGGGAAGCUGCCUAGAUCAACUUGAAUAUGUGGGAGAUAUUCAGAUUAUCAGUAUAUUAAACAUAUAAAAAUACAUGUGUUCAUCCGAAGCUAUCUAGAUAUUUAGGUAUUCAGUUAGUUUCCAUAUGUUUCCUUGUAUUCCUCAGGGUAUCAGCAGAGAAUGCAGAUGUGGAAUUCUUUCAAUUAGUUCACUCAAGUGGAAAGAGAAAUGUAGUAAUUUGAUUAUCAUUUUUCUUCAUGAUCUUAAGAUAGAUUGGGAUUUGAUGAAAUGGUCAUUAUAAGAAGAAUUAUGUGUCUAAGCAUAAUACAAGGCAGAAGCCCAUUGCUAGAAGGCAAGAUUAAUUCAUAAGCAUUCAAAAUUCCAUUAGCAUAAAUGAUUAUUCAAAAGCCACAUAAUUUGAUGGUGAGAUUUUAUCUUUUUUGGUUUCUUCUUUUGAAGUCAAAUCCAUUUGUACACGAAAAGUAUGGAACUUUUAGAAUGCAUUUUUGGAAAGGAAUUCACUUUUCUUUCUUCUGUUUCACUGAAGUAUAUUUCACUAGAGUUUCAUCAAGGUGAUAAUAAAAAGCUAAAUUCUAUUUUUUUUAAAUCUGAAUUUGUGUUGAUCAAUAAGAGCUAUUGUGGUUUUUUUUUGGUGUGUGUGUGUGUGUGGUUUUUUUUUGUGUGUGUGUCUAAGUGUCUGUGGCAUUGGAGAUUGAACCCAAGAACUUGUGAUUGCAGACAAUUCUCUGAUGCUGAGCUAAAUUCCCAGCCCAACAAGAGCUUUUAAAUAAGGAUUCUUAGUUGCUGUAUUUGUAUAUAUGAUUUAUUUAUUUAAAUAUUGAAAAUUACCCUAACUUUAAUAUGCUGGGCUUUGGGUACAUUGAAAUAAUCACCUUUAUUGGUGAUCAUUUACUUCUCUUCAAGUGAUCUACAACUGAAUACUGAGUAACAAAGAUUAAGUCAAACCAGGCACACUAUUCCCAUGAAUGAGAUCAAAGGAAAGCUGAGUUUGGGAGGUGAUGGAUAAUAUUUCCUUCAGGGAUUUGGAAUGGGGGUUAUUAUUUUAUUACUAUUGCUGCAAGUUUUAGAGUUGCAAUAAAAAAAUGACUAUCUGAAUUUUUUUGAAAAAAUAAACAACCUUGUGAUAUGUUCAAGAUUUUCUAAAGUAAGAAUUCCCAUGUAAUAUUAUGAACUUUUACAAAAUUCAUGUAAAAGAUAAUAUACUAUUAGAAGCAAUAAAGAACCAGAGGACAUGGUGUCAUGUACUCAUGGAAAUAGGACUAUGAUUUUCAGUCACUGGUGUAUUUAAGAUGUGUAUUUUAAGACAGCAAUUGGAGAUUACACAUUUAAAUUUUCUUCCUUAUUUUUAAUUUCCAUCAAAACAACUGAAAAUAUAAUAAAAGUGAAAAUUCCUAACGAUAUCAAAGUCUAGGAGAGCACCCAGAUAUGAAAAAAUUUCAACAAAAUAAAUUGUAGAAAUUAACAUUAUAAAAGGAAUUUCAACCAUCCAAAGAGUCUCUGCAAGGAAGGAAAAUUCCACCUGGAUCUACAUAUGGAACAGGAGCUGCACUAUGGAAUCUCAACUAAUUCUCUCUCCUUUGCACCAAUGGAAGCCUGAGCCAAAGGCAGCCUUCCAUUAGUUGAUGAGAAGCAGGAAUUGAUCUCAUUAUUACCUCCAGAUUUACACCAAACACUGGAGUUAGUUCCAUAGCACAACCCUGCCUUGGUGCUGCCUCCCAGGUUGCAUUGGCAUAUAUGGCAUUUUAAAUAAAUCAGGGCCGGGUGACAGCUGGCUCUGAAUGAAGGAGCUCUAAAGAGUGCCACUGACCCAGCUAAUGCCUGUUGCUCUGAGAAAUACAAAAAGAAAUGGCUUGGCAGAAAGGUGAAGCACUGUGUCUAUGCUCUUUCUGGCUACAGCUCCCUUUGCUGCUCCAUUCUGGCAAGUGAAAAUAGAGUCACUCUAAAACUUGUCCUUUAUUCUUUUGUCUGGCUGAAAUAUUUGAACAGAGAUCAACAUAAUCUCUGUUAGAUCCCAUCUCAAAUCCCAAAGUUGGAAAAGUAUCAUUGACUGUUUGUACUCUGUAGGGGUGAAAAAAGAUUGGACAUAUGCAAGGAUUAGUUUUCAGAAAAAGAGUUAAUCUAAGGAUUCAAACCAAUGCUACCUAUGAGGCAGCUUUGCCAUCUCUCUUACCUGGAUAAUUUUAAUUGUCACCAGAUUGCAUUCCUAGUGUCUAGUCUUGUCUUCCUUUCUCUAAAUCGAUAAUGGGCACUGAAGCCAGAGUGAACUCUCUGAAAUAAAACCGUGGUAGGAAUGCAGGGUGAUCCAUGAAGAUCAUCUCUUUGAUGGAGACUACUGAGCUGAGAUGUGAGGAGCAGAAGAAGGUGCCAAGUGAUGGUAUUCUGAAAGAUCCUUCUAGACAGAAGAGCCAGAAAGGUCAAAAUUUUGGUUCAAGGAUAUCAUGUUCAUGAUAGAAGGACAAAAACAGAUUCAGUGGCUUCUCAGAACUGACAGAAAAGAAGGUAUAAAUAUCAAUUAAGGGAAUUAGGAAGGUUUCUUAGGUCUUAUAGUACAUGAUGUAGAACUAGGACAUGUUUUAAGGGCAAUAUGGAAAGCUGUUAUCUGUUUGUAACUAGGAGAAAUAUAUGAUAUGAUUUAUAUUUUAAAUAUUCUGACUUCUCUAUUGAGAAGGAAUGAAGGUUGGUGUGGAGGAAGUUGUCACUGUUUUCCAUUUGAGAAGUGAAAGUGACUGGUUUGGAAUUGAGGCUAAGAAGAUGGAUUAUGUGCUGGUAUCAAACAGAACUCAAAGAGUUUGGGGAUGUGCAUUAAGAGAUGGAAAUGAUAAGGGAAACAAAAACAUCAGGUUGAUGUUUAGCCACCCCCAUUUACUCAGAAAUGGAAAUCUGAAAGAAAAACAUGCUUUUAUGGUGAAGAUACAGAAACCCAUGUGCUGAUGACUUUUUAAUGGUAAAGAUGUUAUUAGAACUCUGUGGAGGAAUGAUCAGGAUUGGCAUAUGGUGUAAAAUUAACCAGAAUACAGGGGUAUUUAAAAAAACUACUGAGCAAAAAGAGAACCAAGGGAUGAGAAACCAAAGAAGGCUUGCUGAAAAAGAAAAUGAAACAGGGUUUGCUGAGAAAAAGGAGUCAGAAAAAAGAAUAGGUUGGGUUAGGGAAUGAGAGGGAAUGGAGGAUGGUGUUACAGAAAGUUAGAGAAGGGAAUGAGUCAGUAAAUAAUUGUGAUCAAUAUUAAGCAUAACAGAUAAGAUCAGGAAAUAUACCAGGGGUCCUGCAAAUUGAUGUCACUUGUGACCUGAUAAGAAUCUUUUCAACAGAGUAGAAGUUUUACUGAAAAGCAGCCUUUUCCAGAUUGGGGGUGAGCAUCAGUUAAAAGGGAAAUUUUACUUGAGGUAACUAAAUAUUAAAUAUUAUUUAAAACACAUCUGUAGGUAGAUGGGAAUAAUCCCAUGGAAAAAGAGAAAUUGAGGAUGUUGCACAAAACAAGGAUAAUUUCAUGCAUACUCGAUGGUUGAAGAAAUUUUGGAAAACAGAUUUCAGAGAAAUAGCUUACUUCAGAUAUGAACAUGGACAUAUAACCUACUUUAGUUUGAAAAUGCAGAGUAUUUGUGGUAAGUUGUAAGUAGCCUUACCUGAUAAGAGGAAAAUGAAAUACAUCAUUGUUUUAAACAUUUCCUUACAAAGUAUUAAGAAACAUUAGUAGUUGAGAGCAUGAUUCUGGGGAAAGGUAUUGGAGAUUUCAGAGAUAUUUCAGUUUGGCAUAGUAAAUAAAAACUAGCAGAUUGCAGUACGAGUUUCUGGAUUGCUAAGUGCCUUCUUGACAUUUAUAAGUACAACAGUAAAGUGAAUUCAGUCAGUAAGGGUUUGUGAUUUUUCUAUAGCAAUGUUCAGUUGAUUGGGUAUAAUCGGUUCUGAGAUUUUGACAACAGAGUUCAAGAUGGAAGAAGUGGAGGGAAUCAAGUAUGUUGAGAAGGAGUGUAUACCAUUUGUAGUGAGGUUAUUCUAAACUAGGUAUGGAGGGAAGUGAGGUCAUGAAGGAGGUGAUGCUGAUGAAAACCGUUGAUUACAGGCAAGGGGAUAUUCAGUAAUGCCAUGACAGUAAGUAUCCUGAACUAGUGGAGAGUGACAUUGAAGUAUAGGCUAUCUCAAUACAGAUGAUAUUGGAAGUGCAACUUCCAAUUAAAAAACAAAAUAGUACAUGGCAACACAAGUGGAAGGUUAAUGUGAAGUGGUAAAAAAAGACAAGUGGAGUGCAAGAGAGGCAAUGUGUAUGACAGAUCAAGCCUGUGGGAACAAAGUGAGCAAAUGAGAAAGAGUGACAAGUAAUUCUGAGAUAAUAAUGAGGGAGGAGAGUUAAGAAGGA